GGUAAGGUAAGGUAAGGGUGGGUUCUGUGGUUGUUGUUGGGCGGAACUAAUGUGCGCGACGCUGUUUCCGGCGGGGCUGUUUUUCCGGUAGCGCGUGACUGAGUCAAACAUGUCAAGUUCCUACAAAAACAGGAUCCAGGAGUUUAAGGCGACUCUGAGCGAGCAGAAGAUCGAUCUCAAGGCUUUACGUGAGCUCUGCUUCAGCGGGGUCCCGUGUGAAGGAGGCAUCCGCGCGCUCUGCUGGAAGCCGCUGGAUCAGGCGUUAUGGGAGACGUUCCUGACAAAACAGAGGGAUCUGUACGCUCAGUUUUUGCGAGAGAUGAUCAUUCAGCCGGGAAUCGCUAAGGCAAACCUGGGUGUGUCUCGAGAGGAUGUGACUCUGGAGGAUCACCCUCUGAAUCCGAACCCGGACAGUCAGUGGAACACCUACUUCAAAGACAACGAAGUUCUGCUGCAGAUCGAUAAAGAUGUCAGACGGUUGUACCCAGACAUGGCGUUCUUCCAGCGGCCCACAGACUUCCCCUCUCAGCUCAUCCUGGACCCCGAGAACGAGUACGAGACGUUACGGAGACGCGUGGAGCAGACGACUCUCAAAGCCCAGACGGUGAACCGGAACCGCAGCGGCGUCACUAACGUGAGUUCUCCGGGGAAGGCGUUAAACCUGUAUCCCUCUAACGAGUACGAGGUGUUACCGAACGGCUGUGAAGCGCACUGGGAAGUGGUCGAGCGGAUUCUCUUCAUCUACGCCAAACUCAACCCGGGCAUCGCUUACGUUCAGGGCAUGAAUGAGAUCGUGGGUCCCAUUUACUACACCUUCGCCACAGACCCCAGCAGCCAGUGGAAGGAGCACGCGGAGGCCGACACGUUCUUCUGCUUCACCAGCCUGAUGUCUGAGAACAGAGAUAACUUCAUCAAAAGCCUGGACGACUCUCAGUGCGGCAUCACCUUCAAGAUGGAGAGCGUCUUCUCCAAACUCAAGGAGAAGGACACGGAGCUGUACCUGAAGCUGCAAGAGCAGAACAUCAAGCCGCAGUACUUCACCUUCCGCUGGCUGACGCUGUUGCUCUCUCAGGAGUUCCUGCUUCCAGACGUCAUCCGGAUCUGGGAUUCGCUCUUCUCGGAUCAGGAGCGGUUCGAGUUCCUCAUCCCUGUGUGCUGCGCCAUGCUCACACUGAUUCGAGAUCAGUUACUGGCUGGAGACUUUACAACUAACAUGAGAUUACUGCAGGAUUAUCCCAUCUCUGACGUUCAUGCCAUCCUCAUUAAAGCGAAAGAACUGCAGGACGGGUUGUAGCAGCCUUGCCCCAAUAGGCUCCGCCUCCAGUCUGAUGAUUGACAGCAGUGCCGCCCAUCUCACCCGGGUGGGAUCCAGCAUUUGCCUUUGUGUGAUUGAGCGUUUGGUCUUACCGUCUCUCAGUCGUGCAGAUGGAUGGAGAUUCUCAGCGAUUCUCCGCUUCAUCUGUGAGUGAACUGAAGCCGAAAGUCGGAGCAGACGGCGGGUCACGUGACCGUGUGCUGUUCUGGAGAAGCUUUCCGGUCGCUCGGUUAUUGAGUCUUCAGAUGGCAGAUGAGUGAGUGGAUUCAUUCAGGAACAGAGAGAAACUCCAGCAUGAAUGAAUCAACACUACAGACCCGUCACUGAUCUCAGAUCAGCUCCCGAGUCUCUCACUCAUCUGCAGAUCAGACGGCUUUAGCAUCCCAUCAUCCCUCUGUUUAGUGACAUCAUCAGUCUCCACUAAUAAUCUGCAUUAAUUGCUCCUCAUGCGUUUCUUCACACUAAUAACCGAGCGCUGGUGUUUCUCUGGGGGAAACAUCUGAUCAAACGUUGUGUGACUCGUUCGAAUCGUUAGUGUUUUUAUAAAUCUGUUGAUCGCUGCAGUUCUUUUUUUUAAUGUCAUGUUGUUUUGUAUUUUAUAGCUCAGAGGAGGUUGGGAAUUGAAGGAUCUUCUUUUAAUCGGGGAAUGUCUGGCCACACGUGUCUUUCUGUGAUUGUAUUCGUUCAUUAUGUUCAUUUGAAAACCAUGUUUUUUCUUUUGCAUGUGAAGAUGUUUUUGUAUGAACGCAUCGAUAGUUCUUGCUGUUGUAUAUCAAUGUUUUUACAGUGCUUGCGGAUGCACAAUAAAACAAUUCA